AUGGCAAAUUCACAGCUGUGUCUCUUGACGUUUUCUCAGGUGGUGAAGAUUCUGGAGAAGCAUGACCCGCUGCGCAGUAAUGUUGGUGGUCUUGGAGGACUCAGCAGCUUCCGUUUCGGUCCAAUCCCUGGCGAUGAGGCCAGCGCCGUGCAGAACUAUGUAGAGCACAUGCUGUUCCUCCUCAUGGAGGAGGAGUGUGGUCAGAAUGGAGCCAUGGGGCCCAUCCUGGAGUUUGUGGUGAUGGAGAACGUGUUGGAGAGACUGUUUAUCUGGAGCCUGAGGCGAGAAUUCACAGAUGAUAUGAAAUUGGAGCAACUGAAGAUGUACGAGAUGCUGAUCAGACAAGCCAAGCAGCCUUUACUUCAUCAUAAACCUGUGCUCAAGCCUUUGAUGAUGCUCUUGUCGUCCUGCUCCGGCUCCCCAUCGGGUACAAGCUCCUCCGCUGUGGAGACAGAACUCGUGCUGCUCUUGAAUCAGCUGUGCUGUGUCCUAGCUAAGGACCCGUCAGUCUUGGAGUUGUUUUUCCAUACGAGCGAGGACCAAGGAGCUGCUAAUUUCCUCGUCUUCUCCCUGCUCAUCCCUUUCAUACACAGGGAAGGGUCAGUGGGACAGCAGGCCAGAGAUGCACUUCUGCUAAUCAUGGCUCUUUCUGCUGAGAACCAAGUUGUGGCCAAACACAUCGCAGAGAACACCUAUUUCUGUCCGGUUUUGGCUACAGGUCUGAGUGGGCUUUACUCAUCUUUGCCCACCAAGUUGGAUGUACCCAGUGAGGAGUGGCACUGUCUGCACCGUGAGGACUGGCAGCAGCUGCCCGCUCUUGUGGCCCAUCCUUCCAUUAAAGAUCAGCUGGUUGGCUACAUUCAUAAUGGUUUUCUGGUACCAGUUCUAGCACCAGCAUUACACAAGCUGACACUUGAAGAGGUGAUGACCACAACAGCAUACCUGGACCUCUUCAUACGCAGCGUAUCUGAACCUGCAUUGCUGCACACCUUACUAAGCUUCAUCCUGCUCCAUCGCCAUGACAACGUACACAUUUUGGACACGCUGGUCAGCCGCAUCAAUACUCCUUUUCAGCUUGGCACAGUAUCGCUGGCCCUGUUCCGCACUCUCAUUGGCUUGCAUUGUGAAGAUGUCAUGCUCCAGUUGGUUUUCAAGUACCUGAUCCCAUGUAACCACAUGAUGUUGAGUCAGCGUAGAGUCCUGAGAGAGAGAGACUAUUACUCUGUAUCAGCCGCCAAGUUUCUAGCCCUUACACCCUCCUGCUGUUCUCCAGAGGUCAUCCCCCCUCCACUCAGACAACUGGACUCCAUUCUGUGGUCAAAAGGCACUGAUGGCUCCCAUAUAGGAACUAUGGAAUCAAAAGAGGUCCUCUCAGAGGAGGACGACUGUGGUAACUCCUGUGUCAUUGGCUCAGAGAUCUGCCUGGAUGUUAGUUACCUGCACUACUUGUACGAUGCACAAAACAGCAUCAGUCACUGUAUGCGAGCAUGCUGUGUGUGGUCGGCCCCUUACGAUGGUGAGAACCCUCCUCCAGAAGAAUACCAGCGCAGUACCUUGGAAGAAGCAGGUAGGACUCGGCCACCAAUUACCAGCAAGAAAACCCCAAAUCAGAUGCAUCACUCCGGUCCACCCCUCAAAGAUCUCACUGCUACUCCUGGAUUGCUGGAGCUGGAGUGGGAUGAUAGUUAUGAUGCAUGUCCUACACAACUGCAUUCAGAGGAAGAUCAGGAGACGCGUCCCAUCCCGGACGAGCCCCCGAAACACAUUCAAGAACUGCGGAAAACUGCUAUUAUGAUUGUGAAGGGCUCUUACAUUGAAGAGACUGAGUUCCAGAAUGAUGUUAUGGUUUAUGACCUGGUAGCUCAGAAGGAUGCUCAUAACUCUGGUAACGGCUAUCAUGCCCCAUCCAAACCUACUAAACCAGCAAAGCAGGAGGUGUUAGAUGGACCAGUAACUGAUCAAAAGACUACAAAUUCAGAAUCCUUGAUGAGCAAUGGCUUGAGCUCCCCAUUAGAUGAAAUGAACAGUAAAAAGAGAGGGUCCCAAUCAGACCACAAGUCACUGGAAGGGGAGGAUCUCAUGGCCCAGUAUGAGGAACUCAUAAGGACUCUGGGUGCACAGCAUAGUAGUCCAGCAAAAGCAGACAGUGAACUCAAGAGUCCUACAGACCUCAUGGAUGAUGAGGAAGAUGAGAUCGACUUUAAUUCUUUCUCACCAGAAACACCAGAGACGGAAAAGUUGCCAUCUCCUUUUGGGACCAAACCCCGCAGUGGGAGCAGGGGACAUGCUGUGCCUUUUACAGGGCCGUUUCUGAGUGUACUGCUGUCUCGUCUAGAAAACAUGCAGAGUAACUCUCUCCAUGUGAACUUGCUUCUGACUGGCAUUCUGGCCCAGUUAGCUGCUUACCCUCAGCCCCUGCUGCGCUCCUUCCUUCUCAACACAAACAUGGUGUUCCAGCCUAGCGUCCGCUCACUAUACCAGGUACUGGCCUCAGUGAAGAACCAGAUAGAGCAGUGGUCAGCGAAUAAUAAAAAUUUCCCUGAGCUUCUCACAGCUGCUCAGCACUGCUUACUGGCCAGAGAGAGUUCACUAAGAGACUCUCAGAGUCCACAGAAUGGAGAUUGGUUCCAUGGUUCUGAAGCAGACAGAAUCAAGAAGAACCCGACUAUCCAACCCAGAACUGUGGUUCCCUUAAACGAAACUGAGGUCUAUGCCACGGUUCUUUUCACAGAGUUCCUAAAAGAGCUAGCAGCCUUUGCACAAGAACACUCCAUCCUUUCUCAUCUUCCCUCGGAGCAGUAGACUUUGAUUGUGUUUUAUGUUUGCUGUUAAUGUUUCCAGGAAACUUUUGAACUUCUGACAUUUUGAAUGAUUUUAGUUCUUGCUGAAAGCACUAUAACUGCUAUAAGCUCUAAAUGAAUGUGGGAAUGUUUUUCUGACUUCUGAUAUUUUUGAUAAGGGGUUCUUUCAGCAAAUGUUUCUGUCUGUUGUGUGAACAAUCCUUGAAACUUCCCUCAUUUGAUUGAUUAUGCAUUACCAAACCUCAUUUCCCGGCA